CAUCUGAACUAAUCGGGGGCGAUUUUCCCAGUAGAAAACUAUUUCGAUAGCGAAGAAUUGCUUUCUUGUAUGUUGCAGCGGUGCCCGUGUUUGCACUAUCGAUUUCCAUUCACUCGACUCUGGGAUGGUAACGCUGCACUAUCUCACCUGGCCAGGUGAGUGUAAAAGCAAUCAGCAGGUCGACAAAGGUAACUGGAUUUGAGUCUCACCGGGCGAUCGUGAGACAUUCAGUCGCUUCGUCAGUUGGGUACCUGGUCGGUUGUUGGGUCGCAGCUGUUCGCCACCGUCUACCUUUCGCGUCGCGGUUUUCGUCAGCCGAUCGCGGGUAACUGUUAGAUACUUUUCACCUGGAUUGCACAGGUACAGAUACACGGCAUAUCAGCCAGCGCAGUGCAACUCUGUGAAGUGCGGAUUCAAUUUUUCGACUCUUCGAUAUCAACCCGUUGCCGUUGAAUAAAAAAGGUCACGGUUACCGAUUCCGUGAAACUUUUCCACUUGAGCCUACUUCCGGGGAAACUUGGUGUGAGUCGACUUUCCCAUCGUUCGUUGUCGUGAUAAUUGUGCACGUCGUUGUUGCGAUUGCUUUUUGAUUGUUUUUUUUUGGCAACAGGUAAAACUCCGUUAAUUGAUCUACAUAAAUCAGUGGUGCAGUGAGUGAUCGCGAAAGGUGAAGAGAAUUGAGAAAAUUCAAUGAAAAGUGCCCUCGUCGUGGAAAGUUCACCUCCAAGUGUAUGAAGAAGAAAAUUCCAAUUUUUCAGCCUAACGAAAUUAGCGAAAUUUCACUGCGAUCACAGGAUUAAUUGCGGAGCUGCUGUGGAGAUCUCACGCUCCGGAAUGCGAAUUCCGGAUCGAUCCAGAUCGAUCACCAUUCCAUCGGCCAAGUGAACGACCCAGAAUAAAUGACCGUGAAAAUUCCAUCAUUUUUCACAUCCCACAUGUCCACUGUCGCCACAAUGUCAUCGCGGGAUCACCCAUUCAAUCGAUCGACGCGUCCACUCCUGGUGGACCGGAAGCCACAAAUUUUAUUGAAGAAGAAGUCAUUGCUCGGGGACGGGAAAAUGCAUGGCUUCAAUGAUUUUAGUAUCAUGUCGCAGCAAUUUAAGACCCUCAACACACAUAUUGGGUAUCCGUAUGGUAGUCCACCCUCGCCCACCGUCGUCAAUUCGAAUGAUUUCACCUUCUCAGAUGACAACAAUUCAAAUAUUUAUAGUUCUUCCAACAUGGCUGUGCCUGCAGGCUAUCGGCGGGUCUGUGAUACCACGGAUCAGAUGCAGCCAGAUCUCAAUGGAGGCUACCAGGGCGGACGUGUGCAUGCCAAUUUGGAGGCGGGAUAUACCAAACAUUUCGAUGACCACCUGAACUGGAAAGCCGGCAAUCGAGUGACUAAUAAAGAUCAUCACAAUCUGCAUCAGCCGAAGACUAACCACUAUGAUCCCUUUUCGCCGGCUUACGAUCACGCCUACGAGGCCAAUGGUCGGGACAGUUCACAAAACGGCGGUGGCCCAUUCAUUUUUGGCGUGCAUACGGCCAACACGUUCGUUGGCAGUAACUCAACUGUGAUAAAUCAAAUUCGAAAAUACUCACAAGACAACGGUAAACCUGUGCUAAAUCAGUCAAUUAGUGAUACUAGUUCCAGUUCCCGUGGAACCGAAAAGGAUUGUAGCCUUCUAGUGAAGGAUACCUCAUCAAUAAAGAAGAGAAAUAGGAAAGAUAAAAAAUUUUCUAAAGAAAAUCGACCCAGAAUUAAAUGCGUCCUGGUUGGUGAUGGACAUGUGGGAAAAACGAAUUUAAUAAGGACCUACUUAGAAAAUCGAUUUGUUAGUGAUUAUAUACCAACAGCAUCCGAUAUUUAUAAUGCUGAAGUAAUGGUCAACGAUAGUCCCGUACACAUAACACUAUGCGAUACAGCCGGCCAGGAUACAUUGGAUCCACUACGGGAGCUAUGCUAUCCAGAUAGUAAUGUAUUCAUGUUAUGCUUCUCGCUAGUGAAACCGGAAUCAUUUCAAUCCAUUAAGGACAAGUGGAUACCGAAAUUCUCGAAAACAAAGGCUGCCCUCGUCCUGGUCGGGACACAAGCUGACCUACGUUCCGACAACUUUAUGCUCAACAAAUUGCAGAUGCAUGGAGAGAAGCCGAUAUCGUCCAAAGAAGCCUGGGACCUGGCCACCUCAAUCGGAGCCAAAUACAUCGAGACCUCAUCAUUGGAGCAGAUUAAUGUUAAGGAUGCCUUUGACGCAGCCAUUUGGGAUGCUUUACUACCGAAUCGCUUGCCACCAACACCACCGCUCUGGAAGAAGUUACUUUGUUUAGCUUAAAAUUUAUAUUUGGUUGGAUAUCUGAAAUAUUUAACUGUGUUUUUCCAAAACGAUUGAGUUAAUUGUUAGAUACUUUACUGAUAUUAUAAGUGUGUUACUUUUCGAAACCAAGGAUCGUUAUUUUUACGUUUAGAUUAGGUAUAUUGUAUAGAUACGAAUAUCUUUAGUAAAUAUAUGUAUAUUUCCUUCGAUAAAACGAUAUUGACAAUUGGACGAAGUAAAUACGAACGAUUUUAUAAACGAGUUUCACAAAGAUACAUGGUAUGUAUGUAAUAAUUCUUGCAAAGAUACGCUUUUAUAUUGUAUGUUCAUUUUUUCACUAUUGCCUUCCGCUAUUGUAUUACGAUGUUUUGAUUACUUUCUCAUUUUUGUUUUUGGUUAAGUUUAUGGUAAUAAUUUUGGAUUUAAAACGAAUUAUGACGUUUAUUUUGAAUUAUAAUAUUGGAAGAAACCAUUGUAUAAUUGAUGUACGACUGCAUGAACGAUAAAAAUGAAAUUAUAACAUGGAA